AUGGCGUCAUACGACACCGGUUAUGAAGAUGAACGAUUUCAACAUCCCGUUGGUCACACGUUGCAUUGUAGCAUUUGUAUGAAUGUUUUAAAGGAUCCAGUUAUGUGUGGACAGAAUGAGCAUCUCUUUUGCCGAGCUUGUAUCACUCCUCAUCUCAUGAACUUUCAGACAUGCCCGACAUGCAUGGAACCACUCACUGUCGAUACUCUAACCCAAGCAUCGCGGGGUAUAAGAAACCUACUGGCGGAGUUGAAAAUUCGAUGUGAAUUCUUCAAUCGUGGUUGUGGGAAGUUUAUUGAGCUGGGAGAUCUUGAAAGGCAUGUUACAGACUGUGGGUUCGCCCCCGUAGUUUGCUCUAACGAAGGAUGUCGGCUUGAAGUGAAUAAACGAGAUUUGCUUCACCAUGAAACAGCUGUGUGUGAACUACGCAGAGUUCAGUGUCAUAACUGUAACGAAAUCCGGCAAGAGAUUGAUACUGUGAAAGUCAGUUUGGUGGCAAUGGAUGAAAAGUUGGACAGAAAUGAGAAAGAAGUUGCGGCAAACAUGAAAACUGUGGAAGAGAAUGUGAUUGCAAAAGUUGAACUGGUUCAAGAGCAAUUUAACAAGCAGGAAGAAAGCAAUCGUCAACUCAAAGCGGACAAUGAAGAAAUGAAGAAAAGUUUAAAUGAAAUGACAAGGUUACUGGAAAAUAUGGCACAAGCAUUGCCUGAAGUUCAAGCUGAACAAAUGAGAAAGGGAAUUGCAGAAUCUGAUGGAAUGGACAGAGAGCCGAAGUUGAUCAUUGCGGGAGGUAUUAAUGAAACUGGACGUUUAAAUACUGUGGAGAUGUUCAGUGUAUCAAAUGGCACUUGGGCAACACUACAACAUUUGAGAAAAGCUCGCCAAGGAGCAUCAUCAGUUGUUUACGAUAAUAAAGUCUUUGUCAUUGGAGGCUACGUUUCCACUUGUGGAACCAAGUCCAUGGAAAUGUUAUCAGUGAAUGCUGUUCACGGUAACCAGUCCAUAGCUUGGAAAAACGUUCCUGUUGUGUUACCAGGAAAGUUCCAUGCACACUGCAGUGUAAUUUAUAAUGGACGAUUGAUAGUAAUUGGAGGUUAUGAUGCUGAGAAACAUGCAUGUUCUGAUGGUAUUAAUGAGGUUUCUCCUGUUCUACCUUACACCAAUAAACUGUUGGCUACCAUGCCACAGAAAAGAUGGUACCACUGUGUAGCAUUGUUUGGUGAUAAAAUCGUGAUUGUGGCAGGAGUACAGGGAAUGAAUUAUGGGACAAAUCUUAAAAGUGUUGUGUUGUACGAUAUCACUAAGAAUGAAUGUCAGGAGUUAGCACCCCUCCCUUACGGCGUGAGUGAAAUGGCCACAGUCAAGUGGGGUGAUGACAAUGUUAUCCUAGCGGGAGGCGUUGAUAGUGACAGUAAACCAUUAAACAAAGUUUUAAUGUACAACAUCAAGACCCAGAAGAGUCACAUGUUACCAGAGAUGAAGUAUAAGAGGCAAGGAUGUGUGGCUGCAGUUGUCAGAGACACUGUGAUUGUCAUGGGAGGCAAAGAUGAAAGAGGAACUUUUUUAAAGUCAGUGGAAGGCUUUAGAUUCGAUAGUUACAGCUGGCAAGAACUUCCAGAGUUACGUGAAGGGAGAUACUGUGCUACUGCAGUUGUAUGUUAG